AUGGAGGAGGAGCUGGGAAGUGGCUCCGCCAUUACUUACGGCGGCGGCGAUAAAAGCUGCGGCUGGUUCUGCGGCUGCGGCGCGGUCGCGGGUGAUAGCAUCGCGGCAGUCAGUAUUUCUUGCUGCGGGGCGCGCAUUACGGCUGGCGCGGACGAGAUGGGCGGGGCGCGGGGCUGCCUGUCACAGGCGGGGGAGGGAAGGGGUGGGGGAGGCGCCCGACAGCUCGGCUCCGGCGUCGCGACGCGCCGGCGCCUGCCCUGCCGGGGAUCCAAGCGCCUAAAGCGCCUUUGCGACCCCCGCCAUCGCAUCGGCUCCCUGCGUCUAGUGUGGGCGCGGUCGGCGUCGGCGUCUGCGUCGGCCGAGCGAAAGAGGGGCUGCGGUGCGACGCAUCUUCGGUCUGCUCGUCCGGAGCGAUCUAGGUCGAUAGCUGCGGAUGGAGUAAAGCGUAAGGGGGUUGGUGGAGGGGGUGGGGGCAGUUUGGUGGGCGCCGCGGCGGCGGCGUCGGCGGCGGCGGCGAGUCCGUCUCCGGCUGGCUGCGCCGCGCUGGGACGCUGUGAGUCCGCCGCUCGCAUUGAUCCUAUGCGGCGCUCGGCGGACAGCGGGACGCCCCAGGCGUGGCGCGGCGCGGCGCUCCGAGCUCACACACACCUGCUGCCCAGUAGCGGCCAGGAGCGGGACACCAGCAGCAGCACAGAGACCGCGCCUGAGGCUGCCACAGCUUCUGACUCCUACUGUGCUAAUAACGGGCUCGAUAUCUGCCGGCCUCUCAGGUCGCGCUGGGUGUCCACCAGCCUCUCAGAUCCGUGGCGAUCAACCUGCGAGCGUCAUGGGCGCAGCUAG